GCAGUGUAAACCAAUUUUGCGCGAGCAUCUUCGGUUCCUCGAACGCUCAGGCAUGAAGUACGCGAGUGCCGUCAUCAUAGCGUCGGCAGUGUUGACUGCCUGUGCAGUGUCUCCGCUACAAGUUUUCGGAGGACCAGCGCGUACCGCAUCUCCGAUCAACGCCACUCUUUUCUACGAAGGCCUCUGUCCUGCCUGCCACCACUUCAUCCUGCAACAGCUCUGGCCCACUUACGGCAAGCUGGAAGAGUACAUCAACCUCGACCUCCUUCCUUUCGGCAACGCCCACAUGAAGGUUCAUAACGGCACGGUUACCUUCACUUGCCAGCAUGGCGUCAAAGAAUGUUACGUGAACGAAGUCCAAACCUGCGCCGUGAAGUAUGUGCACCCAACGAGAAAGCUCCUGGAUUUCGUCGCCUGCAUGUUCCUACGAGACGAUCCCACGCAGGCAGGUGAGCCUUGCGCGCGGAAAGUGGGCACGGAUUGGCCUGUACUGGACAGGUGCAGCCGAGGACCGGAGGGCACCGAGCUGCUGUACGAGAUGGGCAAUCGAACGCGCGGACACCAGCCGACCAUCGACUACGUUCCCUGGCUGGAGCUCAAUGGCGUGCACGAUGAAACGAUGGCCAAAAGAGCCAGCAAGGAUCUGUUUGGCUUGCUGUGUGAGGUUCUCGGGCCCGAGAAACCGCACGUGUGCCAGAAUGCUGAAAUCGUGAAUGAGUACUGUUUCUCCUGAACCUUAUUUUGUAAACAGACCGUUAUAAAGCUUGCUUCCUUGUUCCAGAUUUUUCCAAAUAAAGAGAGAGGGCAGGGAU